AUGCGUGAGGCCUUGAGAUUCGCUACGAAGGCACCAACCACCACGGAGAUCGAUGCACUGUUUACGAAAGCUUUGCGGCGUGUGCAAGAUGCUAGAUUGAUUAUAACUUCAACAGACUUUCCUGAAGAUACGCAUCGGAACUCAUCCAUCAUACCCCUCCCAUACAAAGCUACGAAUAGGUUGACGUUUGGUGUCACCCAGCAAGCUCAGGAUGCGGACUUGGUUCUACGUUUACCGCUCGAAGAUAAAGAUGGCUAUAUUUCAUUUGAAACUGGUAUAACAUGCCAGAUUAUCUACCAUCCUGGGAAGGAUGACUGCCUUUUGGUAAACCAUGCAGAACGGCAAUUACGCCUGACAAACUUCAGUUCAUCUCCGGCUCUCUGUGUAUCUAUUGGAGAGAAGAAAAGUCACUUCCUCCAGCCCGGCAUGCGGAGAAUAUCUAUAGACGGCGACAAUAAAGAUUCUGGAGAAUAUCAUCUUGCUGAGUUUUGGCUUCGUGAAAGACAAUUUGACAUCUCAAUUCGGACAGCGAAUAGCCCAUCGCGAACAAAGCGAGGCAUUGACGAUGGCGCUGAAGAGAAUGUCAACAAGAGACAAAAGCGAAACAAUGAUCUCACAGGAACUACCCUCAUCCGACCUUUAAACAAGACGAGUAUAGAGCCAAGGCCUACCGCCAUUGGCACUGAGAGCACUGAUGCCCGGGAUCUAGCUCUCACGUCAUCUGUCCAGAAGAUUCCCAACAAAACAAUAGUCUCCCUUCUAGAUCUCGCAAAUGGAGAAGAAGCCGACAUCCAGGCUCUGCAAGAUAGGCCCGACAGCUCUCAAUCAGUGUCUGCAGCAAAAGGACCAGCAAGCUAUCAACUACGCCGGGUCAAGCAAAUUGCAGCUACAGCAUCCGCGAGUGUUUUUCAUUGCAUACGCUCUUCUGAGCUUGUAGCCACCAAAGUCCUUCGAUACGACAGGGAGUCACCUCUUGUUUCUUCGUCCUUGUGGAAGACAGAAAAAAACACACUUGAGAAGUUAAAACAUAGGAACGUUGUAGCGCUCAAGGCGUUCGAUGGUCGCAUGCUUGCGAUAUACCUAGAGCCUCUCCCAGAAUCUCUUUAUCGGGGAGUUAGGGCCAAAUAUUCACAAUCGGCCAUUUUUCAAAUAUUGCUUGAUAUUUCAUCCGCUUUGGUGUACUUGAAGACGAUCCCAAUCGUCCAUAACGAUAUCAAGCCACGCAAUAUUACCUACUCCUCUCAGCGUGGCGCUGUUCUUAUCGAUUUUGGAUUGGCUACGAGCGCCAGUAAAUGGAAUGCAGGAGGCACGCUUUGGUACCUCCCUCCAGAUCUCCUAACCUCCAAUUCGCGUGGAUCACCAGGGGACAUAUGGGCGUUAGGCAUUACCAUGCUCUACUUGCUUGGCAAGAUCGAUUAUCCGGAGGAAAAGAAGAAAAAGACUACCUGUCCAGAGGAAGACUCCGAGAGGCGCGAUUGGCCCAUACUCAACCUCCUUCAUAACGACGAAAAUCAAAUUAAGAUGAAAACAUGGCUACAGUACAUUUUUUCUGUCAGAGCCAAAUUAAGUCCAGUAUACGUGGGGACUGGGAUAAGCAAGCUCGAGUCCAUAGUGUUCCAUAUGCUUAAUGCUAACAAGGAACUGCGAUUCAAUGCGGAGGAUAUUAGUUCUGCCCUCGAGUCAUCAAUGGCAGCUCCAUUGCUGCUGAAGGUUUGA